CAAGAUGUCAGCUUGGCUCUCUGUCUACACAGGUGUGGGCCGGGCACUAAGCCCUGGACUCAGACCACACUGAGAUCUGCCCUUUCACUGCCAGCCACCGUCGAGGACACCAUGAGCCAACUGGGGUCUGGGAGCUGUUGCCCGGGGUGCUGCCAAUGGCAGCCUGGGCCGGUCUGACGGUGUGACCAAGAUGAGUGCCAAGGACCUGUUUGAACAGAGGAAGAAGUACUCCAACUCCAAUGUCAUCAUGCACGAGACCUCCCAGUACCACGUCCAGCACUUGGCCACAUUCAUCAUGGACAAGACAGAGGCCAUCGUGUCUGUGGAAGACGCCGUCCGGAAGCUGGUGCAGCUGAGCUCCAAGGAGAAGAUCUGGACACAGGAGAUGCUGCUGCAGGUCAACGGCCAGUCGCUGCGGCUGCUGGACAUAGAGUCCCAGGAGGAGCUGGAGAACUUCCCGCUGCCGACGGUGCGGCACACCCAGACGGUGCUGAACCAGCUGCGCUACCCGUCCGUGCUGUUGCUCGUGUGCCAGGACUCGGAGCAGAGCAAGCCCGACGUGCACUUCUUCCACUGCGACGAGGUGGAGGCCGAGCUGGUCCACGAGGACAUCGAGAGCGCGCUGGCCGACUGCCGGCUGGGGAAGAAGAUGCGGCCGCAGACCCUCAAGGGCCACCAGGAGAAGCUCCGGCAGCGGCAGUCAGUCCUGCCUCCCCCUCAGGGCCCGGCCCCCAUCCCCUUCCAGCGCUACGGCGAGGACUCCCCUUCUACCAAGAACCGAGUGGGCCUGCCAGUGCCACUCAGCGAACCAGGCUUCCGCCGCCGGGAGUCGCUGGAGGAGGAACCACGGGCCCUGCUGGCUCAGAGGAUAGAGAAGGAGACGCAAAUCCUCAACUGUGGCCUGGACGACAUUGAGUGGUUCGUGGCCCGGCUGCAGAAGGCCGCUGAGGCUUUCAAGCAGCUGAACCAGCGGAAGAAGGGCAAGAAGAAGGGGAAGAAGGGGCCAGCAGAGGGCGUCCUCACACUGCGGGCACGGCCCCCCUCUGAGGCCGAGUUUGUUGACUGCUUCCAGAAAGUCAAGCUGGCCAUCAACCUGCUCGCCAAGCUGCAGAAGCACAUCCAGAACCCCAGUGCGGCAGAGCUGGUGCACUUCCUCUUCGGGCCUCUGGACCUGAUCGUCAGCACCUGUGGUGGCCCGGACAUCGCUCGCUCCGUCUCCAGCCCUCUGCUCUCCCGUGACGCUGUGGGCUUCCUGCGCGGCCACCUAGUCCCCAAGGAGAUGGCGCUGUGGGAGUCCCUGGGGGAGACCUGGACACGACCCCGCUCCGAGUGGCCACGGGAGCCGCAGGUGCUCCCCUACGUGCCCAAGUUCCACAGCGGCUGGGAGCCGCCCCUGGACGUGCUGCAGGAGGCUCCCUGGGAGGUGGAGGGGCUGGCGUCCGCCCCCAGUGAGGAGCCAACUCCAGUGAGCCGGCUGUCCUUUCGAAACUCCCUGAAGCACGGCCUCAUAUCUGAGCCCACAGCCCCAGGAGACGUCCUCUCCCAGGUCAGCUCCCCGCAUGCUCACAGGGGCUACGAACCCACGCCGGCCAUGGCCAAGUAUGUCAAGGUCCUGUAUGACUUCACAGCCCGCAACGCCAACGAGCUGUCAGUGCUGAAGGACGAAGUCCUGGAGGUGCUGGAAGACAGCCACCAGUGGUGGAAGCUUCGAAAUCGCAGUGGCCAGGCAGGCUAUGUGCCCGGCAACAUCCUGGCUGAGGUCCGGCCGGAGGAUGCCCCCCUCGAGCAGGCCAGUCUGAAAUACUGGGGUCCCUCCAGCCCAACCCACAAGCUGCCCCCAAGCUUCGCUGGGAACAAAGACGAGCUGAUCCACCACAUGGACGAGGUCAACGACGAGCUGGUCAAGAAGAUCAGCCACAUAAAGGCGCAGGCGCAGCCGCAGCGGCACUUCCGCGUGGAGCGCAGCCAGCCAGUGCACCUGCCGCUCACCUACGAGUCCGGCCCCGGCGAGGUCCGCGCCUGGCUGGAAGCCAAGGCCUUCAGUGCGCGGGUCGUGGAGAACCUGGGCAUCCUGACAGGGCCCCAGCUCUUCUCGCUCAACAAAGACGAGCUGCGGAAGGUGUGCGGGGACGAGGGCGUCCGCGUGUACAGCCAGCUCUCCUGUGCAGAAGGCCAUCCUGGAGAAGCAGCAAGGCGGGUCUGAGCUGGAGGAGCUCGUGAGCAAGUUCCACUCCAAGAGCCAGAGGCGGGCGGAAGAAGACAGCUAGGCUGCCGCGGGGCCGCCCCGCCUGCGGAGGCGUUGCUUCAGCGCCUGCCGUGUUCUGGGACCGUGGACACACGUGGAGAGUGGUGCAGGCUGGGGGCGGCUCUCCCAUCUCCUGGCAGGUGGGGCCUGUCCUCAGGCUCAGCGACGCCCCAGCCCACCCUCCCUACCCCACCCUGAGGCCCACCUCAGCCAAACGUGCCACCAGGAGGUGCUGGGCCCUCUUCCAUCUGCCCCCUGAGGCCAGAGCUGUGGCCAUUCCAGACCUGGCCCAGGCCUUCCCCACACCUCUCCCCGAGGCCGCAGGACCUGCCAGGAGGGGCAGGGACUUUUCCUCCAGCUGCCUCCAUCCACACGGGGGUUCCUCCUGGCACUUACCGUCCCACCCAUGACGGCCGCUCACUUCUGCAGCCACCUGCACCCAACUGCACCCCUACCCCUCCGGACGGACGCCCACUGCCCUUCUGGUCAGCCGCCUAGCCACCCUUGGCUCUGAGCUGGCCAGGCUGGUGACUCCUGCCCUCAGACGUUGCCCACAGCACCCCCCAGUGCACUACUCCCCAGGGUGGCCCUGGGGUGCUCCAGGCCCCCCUGGGGUGGGUGCACGCUGUGCUCCCCUUACCGUUUCGAGAGGAUGGACUGAACACCUCUCACCCAAGUGCUGGUCUUAGGCACCCCUCACCCCCACCCCACCACUGCCCCCACCGCCUCAUCAGAGUCCAGGAACUUUCUCUGACCAAGCCUCAGACCCGCCUCACCUGACACGCUGUGCGGGAGGCAGGGUGGGAGUGAGUCUUGAAGCCAUGGAUUCUGCGGGUCACACUCGAGAGGUGAGAGGUGGCCGAGGCUCAGAGUCCAUGUCAUUAAACCAUCUGAGUCUCCA